AAAAAUCUAGUUAUACACUAUGCAACAACAAAAAAAGUAAUAAACUGCGCAUCUCAAUCCUAUUCUGUGGUAACCUUUGGAAAAAUUAUAACUGACACUUUUGAGUCAACAUCUGAUAUAUUCUGGCAUAAUUUGGAUUAGGAGUGAGGAUCAACAAUUGCAUGAGGAAUAAGUUGCAUUAUAUGCUGAUAGGUAGAUAGUUAGAAUUAAUUAAGACUGCAAAUUCACUAAUUGUUUUGUAAUUUGAGCUAAACAAUAAUACGAAAAAAUAUUCAAACAAUAAAGUUGGUUUAAGGGAAGAAUAGUACGGAGAUCUUUUUCAAUAGAAGUGCUGAUUUGGAAAAUUGGUUUAAUAUGUUGAAAAGAUUUACGAUUCAGUUAAAUUUUAGUAAGGACUACAAAUUGAAUAAGAGAUUGGGAUAUCAAGAUCCACAGACACAGAUUUAUCAGGCUAGAUGCUUUGCCAACAAUGUUAAUUAUACAGUGAAGGUCAUUCAAAAAAAUAACAAAUUCGAUCCUAAAUUAAUACAACAGGAAAUUAAUAUCUUAAGAAGAAUCAAGCAUAAAAAUAUCAUCAAUUUGGUGGAAGUAUAUGAAGAUCAGUAUACAAUAUUUUUGAUUUUCGAGAAUUAUUUCGGCACUGAAAUGGUGUAUAGAUUUGAAGAUAUUCUAAAUAGUCAAGAACCACAAUAUGCGAGGAUUAUUUAUAAAUUAUUAGAAAUUUUGUCUUGCAUUCACUCUUUGGGAAUUAUUCAUGGAGACAUAAGGUUGGAGAACAUAUAUGUGAAAUCAGACAAUUUGGUGGACAUCUGUUUGUCCAAUUUUAAUUAAUCUGAGUUCAUAGAUAGUUAAGUGAAGGGAAUCAAAGGAAGUGAGGGGUAAUUUUAAUUGAAAUUUAGAUUCUUAGUUACCAAUCGCCUGAGUUAUUGAAUGGGAAGCCCUACGAUCAGAGUGUCGAUAUUUAUGCAGUGGGAAUUAUUUUUUAUUACUUCAUAUAUCAAGUGAUGCCAUUUAGUGAAUCGUAAGAACAUGUAUUGAUUAUUAUAAGGCUUAGAACGACAACAAAUCAGGCUAAAUUGAAUUUCCUCAAGUCCGAAACACCUCUUAUGCCAUUGAUUUAUUGAAAUAAAUGCUAUAGGUUGAACCAAAACAGCGAAUCAAACCAAAUGUGGCAAUGAAUCAUGAAUGGUUUAUCAAAAUGAAGGUGCAAGAGAAGUUAUUCAAAUAAAAAAGUUUCAAAGACUUCACUCUUCCAACCAUUUUGGAAAAGUCAGACAUUUUUACUCAAUCUCCUGGUCAAUAGCCUAAACGAGAAUGCAUUGGAGUUUUUGAGGAUGAGUUUUUAUUGGACAGUCUCUCUGACAGAAUGGGAUUGUUAAAAAAUGCAUUUAAUCCUUCGAAGUUGAAUCAUGACAUUUUUUAAAAGAAAUAGAAAUGA